AUGUCCACUAACUUUGAUCAUUUCGCUCAACUUGAUCUUACGGGUCCUACCAAGAUUUUAGAUGGUGGAAUGGGCUCGUUGAUGGAAGUACUGGGUUAUAGACCAGAUGUACGUAAUAUAUUUGCUAGCUUUACUUUUGUUUUUUAUUUUGUCAUGCCUACUUAACAAUCAUGUAAUAAAAAGCUAACAAUUAUUUUUUAUGGAGCUUAAGUAUGAUUUUUAAUACUAUAGUAAAAGAAGGAUACGAUUUUUAGGAGAUUUCAUGGGGUUCUGGAGCUAACACGGCAUCACCAGAAGUCGUUGAGCAGGCACAUACACUGUGAGUUACAAUUGUCAAACAUUUCUAAAUUGUAAAUUACUUAGUAAAAUUUAAAAAUACACAAACAAGUGUCAAAUAUGAAAAUUUUUUUUUCAGGUUUAUUAACGCCGGAUCCGAUGUGAUAAUCACUAACACAUAUCAAUCAAACAUUUUGAGAAAAAUUGAUGAUGGAAACAAAGAUAUUGCUGAGGAUAAUACUAGAGUAAGUGUCCUAAACGACAGAAGGGUAGAUGAUUGAUAACUAACUGACAAGGAAGAACAAGUAAAUGUACUAGGAGGAAAACCUAAAUAUUUGAAUUUUAAAGCUUAAAAACGCGAGCUAAAAGUUCAUAUUAUUAGUGGUAUAAAUAAUUUAUAUAAAAAACUUUGAGUUGAUUAUGAGCUGGGCAGGUUGGGUACUUCCCUUGUAAACUUACAAUAAAUAACGCUAAUUUUGUUUGGAACCGUAUUAAAUAAUUGUCAAUUGUAGGAUGGUGUAAAAUGUGCCUUAGCAGCGGCCCAAAAGUCUGGACGUGAUGUGAAGAUAGUCGGUUUAAUUGGUCCUUUUGCGACGUAUUUGUGUGAUGGUUCAGAGUACAAUGGCGCUUACUUGAACGAACCUGGUUUUGAUCACGACGUAACUUUUAAUAGUACUCAAUUAUACUUAUUUUGUCCAAUAUAUAUAGCUUUUUAAUCAAUUUUAAGAAUUUCUACAAAAGCUGACGAAAUAUUGUAAAGUUUAUUAUCUAUAAUUUAUUAUAUAUAAGUAUCUUUUACAGAAGUACCUUAUUUAUAGAAAAUCAAAGAAAACUACAGAAUCCACCUAGAAGCCUUGAGAAAGUACGGUGUGCGAUCAUUCGUAUUUGAAACGAUUCCAACUGCCAUUGAAGGAAAGUAUGCUUGUGAAGUGUUAGAAGAGUGUAAAGCUACUGGUUGGGUGAGUGCUACUUGUAAAGUAAGUACAAUAAGAACAUACUAUCAAUAAGUUUAAAACUCCAAUUUGAAAGCAGUAUAAGACUUCUUUUGAGUUUUCUCCAAGUUUUCCAGAACGAUGACAUUCUAUGUAUUUACAAUGGCAUUUAAACUUUAGGAUGGCAAACACUUGGCCAAUGGAGAUCUCUUUGUUGAUUUUGUGAAAAAUGUAGCCAAUUCGGCGAACAUUACUGCGAUUGGCAUUAACUGUACAUCUCCCAAGUACAUAAUGGAUUUGCUUACAGUAGGAAGGGAGUACUGUAACGGGAAAUUGUUUGUUGUGUAUCCAAACAGUGGAGAAUACUAUGACAAAGAACAAUCGGCGUGAGUUACGAAUUUACCUUGAUCUAUAACUAGAUCAACAACUAGGACCCGACAGUAUUGUAUUUUUAGGUUUUAUGGAUGUACUAGCAUAGAUCUGAUUGUAAAACAGGUACGAGAGUGGAGUUCUCUCGGGGCUGCAGCCAUUGGAGGUUGUUGUAGGGUAACACCUGAUGACAUUAAGCGAAUCAGCUUAAAAUUACGGGGAUAA